UCUUGUUUAGCUUUCAAGAUAUGACCCAGUGUGUAUCAAGCUGGCGACUGGACGACUCCCCGUCUCAUCUAAACCUUGUUCUUAGCUCUCACUCUAAUUCCAAUAAUUCCUUUGUAACUGAUGCCCCAAAGAUGGAUUAUGAAGUAGCAGAGCUAACAUGGGAAAACGGACAGGUAGUGAUGCAUGGCUUAGGUCCUCCACGCGUGCCUAAUAAGCCUUUAUCGACUCCUUCUCCAACAAAAUACACAUGGGAGAGUAAGCCACAUGCUGCUGCAGGUGGCACACUUGAAUCCAUAGUGAACCAAGCUACUACUGGCAUCCCUCAUCACCACAACUCCCCCGUGGACGGGGGUGCAGAUAGAGGAGAUGAUUUCGUGAGUUGGUUCGAUGAUUGUCUUCCUGAAACUCAGACUAUUACGGUCAUAGGUACUAUGGCCGUAGAUGCCUUAGUUCCAACAAGUUCCACUAACACCCCAAACUAUAAUCAACAAGUGGCCCCGUCCGCGCACGUGUCCGGGAUGGGGAUGACCAGCAAGUGUUUAGUUGACUGCUCCACACGUGUUGCAUCAUGCAGUGGUGAUGCGGAGAUGGCACGUGUGGGAAUAGGAUCUAGCUUUGAGGAGAUAUCGAAAGACUUUGGGAUCACCGAGUCUUUCGGGAAUGAAGAGGUUAAGAACUUGAUCAAAUCAAUGGUAUACGAGGGACGACAUAACAAUAUGGUUGACCAGACCGUGAGCCGGGGAGACACUAUUGAAACGGGAGAGAGAAGUUUGGGUGCGGAAAGAGUACUUACCACAAUAUCUACAGGGUCACCUGAGAACACCUUUAAGCAUAAUAAAAAUAAGACAGUGAAUAAUCAUGAUUUCAUCUCUCAUAGCAGAGCUCAAGAGUCAAAAGAUAAUGAGGAUGAGGAUGAGAAAAAAGGAUCCAAAAUUUCUUCAUUUUCAACAAAAAGGAGCAGAGCUGCUGCUGCUCACAACCAGUCUGAACGAAAAAGAAGAGACAAGAUAAACCAAAGGAUGAAGACAUUGCAGAAGUUAGUUCCAACAUCGAGUAAGACUGAUAAGGCAUCAAUGCUAGAUGAGGUGAUAGAAUAUUUGAAGCAACUACAAGCUCAAGUUAAAGCCAUGAGAAUGAUGAUUCAUGUUAACAUGCAUCCACCCGCUAUGAUGUUACCAAAUAUGGCAUUCCAACAACAACAACAACAACAACAACAACAGUUUCAAAUGUCAAUGAUGGGAAUGGCUAGACCCAUAGAUGUCAAUGCCCUUAGCAGCCCCAACAUAACAACAAUGCCUUCGAUUCUCCAUGCCACCGCGCCCUCUAAUUUCAAUAUGCCUCAUAUUCCCUCCCCUGGAGCUGAUCCUUUAGCUUCCUUCAUCGCAUCAGGCCAAUUAUCACAGCCUAUGACGAUGAAUGCUUAUAGCAGGAUGGCAGCGUUGUACCAGCAAUAUCUGCAGUCGAAUACAAAUCAUGUCUUUAAAAAAUGAUGUGUAUAGCAAUGUUCUAAAGUUUGAAAACUUUUUUUCCUUGAUCAAUUCCAAUAAGACUGACCAUGGCUUAUUGACAGUUCAACUACUGAAUUGGUGUUACGUUCCAAGACACUUGAUGAAGAAACAUAAUAGAAUAUGUAAAUAUGAUUUAUUUAUUUUUAGCACUUUCAUAGCAGACAAAGUGUACCAUAGUAUAAUAUUAUUUUUUU